UCCUCUCUUGCCUCUCUUUUUCACCUGUUUCUAGCGAGCUGUCAAGUCGCAGGUCCAUUUUGCUAUUCGAUCACGGUUGGAUACACAAAAGUGCGUGGAAAACUCUUGCAACAAAACCCUCUUUGCAGCAAAAUGAAUGUCCUGCGUACCGUUCGUUUGGCGGCUUACUCGAAGCCCGCACUCCGCCUGAUGCAAUCUCGCAGCUACUCCGACGAGAUGGCCUUCACGCUAGCCGCCGCGAACAAGGUGUUCUACGAUAGCGCCAACAUCCGGCAAGUGGAUGUGCCGUCGUUCAGCGGUGCAUUCGGUAUCUUGCCUAAGCACGUCCCGACGCUAGCUGUGCUGAAACCCGGCGUUGUCACCGUGUACGAAAACGAUGGUGCCCAGAAGAAGAUCUUCGUUUCGAGCGGUACCGUCACCGUGAACGAGGAUGCUUCGGUGCAGGUGCUGGCCGAAGAGGCCCACCCCGUCGAGGAUCUGGAUGCGUCCGCCUGCAGGGAAUUGCUAACCAGUGCCCAGAGCCAGCUAUCGUCCGCCUCGGGAGAUAAGGAUCGUGCCGAAGCUGCCAUCGCCGUGGAGGUCGCUGAGGCUCUGGUGAAGGCUGCCGAGUAAGCUGCACAACCGCUUUUCUUCCCUUAACCUCAAAGUAAACAUCGUGCGAUCCUGUGGGGCUUCGACCGGCCUGAGAUAAGUCCACAGAUUCAGUUAAUAAAGUUAGAUGUAAUCACCAACUCAUCUGACCAAUCUUCCUGCGCGGAUAGCUUCAUUUUCAACCGCUGAUGAACGGUGCGAUGACGCUCGUUUUUUCGGAAAUGGCAAGCGAAAUGUGCGUAAACGAAUAACCUUUUCCAAAGUCCUUCAAUAACAGAAAAUCACUGGGUAGACCGUUGUGGAGCUUUGUUGAUGCAACAUCAAUUAAUCUGCUUCACAGCGACGAUUAAUUUAUCCGUUUGGCAAGAAACACCACAUCCAUGCAAAGAGAUUGGAUUCCUCGAUUGCCCCUGGGCGAUCGUAUUCGUUGGCCUAGCUAUCAUUUCAAAUAAAUGUUCAUGUUAACGUUGUUUCAAAUAAUGUCAAAUAAACUGUUCCUUCUCUCCUGCA